AUGCCUGCACUGCUCAUUGACGACUUGGCCUUGGACCCUCGACAGCUCGUAGAGCAGCACGUGAACGAAUCCUUCUCGCAGCAUCGCCCCAUGUCCUUCGGUGACUCGCGGCGUGGUUCGCAAUAUUCGGUUCGCAGCCGCAACUCCAUGGCAUCGACAUCGCGAGUGUCGUCGGAUCUCGGUUCCUCACGUCUCUCGAGCUUCGGCUUCAUCCCCGGACACGAGGUCAUCGAAACCAUUGUCCGCUUCUUGGGAGUCACUCGCGAGGCCAAGCACUGCGAGUUCAAGUUGCACGUGGACACGGGAAAGGAGCAAUUCGUGCUACGGAAGCGCUACUCGCAGUUCCGCGACUUACGUCUGCAAUUGCUGCUAGACAGCAAGAUCGCUAGCGCUACGAGUGAGAAGGGCCGCAGAGAAGAAUGCCGCAAUGGAGCGUGUCUGCAGCUGGCACAGCAGCUCGCGACACUCAAAUUCCCACGACGCAAGAUGAAGUUCAGGAUGCACCGAGAUGACGAUAUCAAAACCGCGCGAGAGCGACAGGCUCAGUUGCAGCAAUUCGUUGAGUUGAUUCUUGCAGUGUACCGCACAGCUCCAAAGCGACAGGUGCGCUGCUGUGUCAACGCACAGUGCCGCGUGCUCAAGGCGAUCCGAUCUUUCUUAGAUAUCAAGGACUUGGGCGACGAUUUAUCCGACUGGAAGUCGUCCAGUAAUGGCACUACCAGCGGAGAUGAAGUACCGAUCCUGGACACUCCACCUUCCACGUCGUCGAGUUCGUCUCCUCUGAGCAAGGCAGCAAUCGAAGCUGCUACGUCGAACGAGACACCGAUUCAAAGAAAAACAUCAGCUAUGUGUCUUGAGGAGCUUUACACGAUCACCGAGGACACAGAGCACGCCCACGUCUAA